CAGACUCCUCACGUUUAGUCGCUGCGAGCACACACAACACACAGCACAGACCAUGGCUGCUACACUGCUGGGGGAGGAGCCCCGGCUCGGAAGCACACCGCUGGCAAUGUUGGCUGCCACCUGCAGCAGAAUCGGUGAGUCCAGCCCCUCGUGCUCCCCUGGUCUUUCCGACGGUGUUCCGGGAUACGUGAAGGGGUUUCACCCGUGGAAGCGAGGCGCCCCGGGUACCAGCAACCUUGGGGCUUGCUUCACCCCUCUCGGGGUUCCCUCCAGGAGUAACGGGACGGGUUUGACGGAGACCUCUAGCGCUUUCUCAGUGACCACUGCCAACUCACCUUUUGGAAAUGACAUUUCGAUGUACCAGACCUCCGUGCCAUCAGAAAACUGUGCUCCCGAUCCUUCGCACACACAGCGGUCUAUGUUUCUGACCAAAUUCCCGUCCUCGGUGGAAAGCAUAGCCGGAAUUUAUCCGAGGAUGCACGCGCAUCCCUACGAAUCAUGGUUCAAGCCAGUUGGAGAUGUCAGUAACGGGUCUGCUGCUUGGUGGGACAUGGGGAACAGCUGGGUGGACACACAGACCCCGGCCGGGUUACCCUCUCCUCUGAACGGCUACAGCACUGACUACAGCUCCGCCUUCAGCCCCGGGGCCUCUCAGCACCUGCACCCCGCCACUCAGCACCUGUUUGACGGCUUUAGGCCACCUGUGCAUGCUCCCUAUGCAGAGUCUACAACGACGGGGGCACCUGUCCUGACAGGAACCCCCGUGGUUUCUCUGCCCGCAUCCUCCCGCUCCUCCUCAAGGCGCUACUCCGGCAGAGCCACGUGCGACUGUCCGAACUGCCAGGAGGCGGAGAGCCUUGGCCAGGGGGGCACGAGUCCGCGGCGGAGGGGCUUGCACAGCUGCCACAUCCCGGGUUGUGGUAAGGUUUACGGCAAGACCUCUCACCUGAAGGCUCACCUGCGCUGGCACACCGGGGAGAGGCCAUUCGUCUGCAACUGGCUCUUCUGCGGGAAACGCUUCACGCGCUCCGACGAGCUCCAGCGGCAUUUACGCACGCACACCGGGGAGAAGCGAUUCGAGUGCUCAACUUGCCACAAACGGUUUAUGCGCUCCGACCACCUCAACAAGCACGCGAGGACGCACAGCGCGGAGGGCUCAGAGGAUGGCGCGGAACCGGGACUCGGUAAAGGGAGCAGCGACACGGACAAUAGCCUCACCGGUAGCCCGAGCCAGUCUCCCGGGGUACAGGUGCGUCAGACUGUCCAAACCGCCGAGGGACAGAGGGCCGUGAAAUAA